AUGGAUUUUUCAAAGCUGCCUCCUGGUGGGUCUAUCAAUAUCAAUUUUGAACAAUACAAUGAAGAAGCUUCAAGUCAAAAGAAUAAGAAACAAAUUAUUCAAUCUUCUCACACUCAAGAGCAAGUAGCUAGAUUUGAAGGAAUGCCCCAUCAUUGUCCACAUAUUGAACAAUUCAAGCAUAUGUUUCAAAAAAAACCAAAUCAGAUAAAGGAAUUUAUCCCAGCUGAAGAGACACAACAAGCUACUCAAAAUUUGCAGCAACAAGAUGAAGUGUUGCGUCAAGAGGAGAGAGUAACCAAUGUUAGCAGAAGAGGAAGAGGAGGAGAAAGAGAAAGAAGGAAGAGAAAAAAUCCAACAGCAUCUUCACAAGGAAGUUCUAGAGAAAAAACCAAUGACAUUGUGAUUCCUGCAUUAGAUAUUUUCACUGUUGCUUCACACCUUGCUGCAUGUUUUCAAAAUAGUCAUCUUGUUGAAAACCAUAUUGAUGCUAUACCUGCUCCAGAUCAAGCCUUUUCUGUCAAUGAUCAAAACCAAAACCCUUUUGCUGUGACUCAGGAAUCUCAACAAACUGAGACAUCUCUUACUACUCAUGUUGGAAAUUCUUCCAAUGAUCAAAGUUUACGUGCUAUUACUACUACUACGACUACUACUACUACUGUUGCACAGGAUCAAAAUGUUGUAGCUUAUGGUGAUACAUAUCUUUAUGAUGAUGAUGUUGUUUUGUCUUGGUUGUUCCCAGAAGAUGUUCCUAAUUUGGAUCAUGCUCUUCGGGAUACUUCUGUUCAUGGUCUUGUUCGUGAUCCUAAUCCGGCUUCUGGUAAUCACGUUGCUACCGUUGAUAAGGAUGUUGUUCCUGAUCCUAAUCUUGCUUCUGGUAAUCACAUUGCUACCGUUGAUAAGGAUGUUGUUCCUGAUCCUAAUCUUACUUCUGGUAAUCACAUUGCUACCGUUGAUAAGGAUGUUGUUCCUGAUCCUAGUCUUGCUUCGGGUAAUCGCAUUGCCACCUUUGAUGAGAAUGCUGUUCCUGUUGCUGCUGAUAAAGAUAUGGGUGCAUCUCAUAUUGGAAUUUUUGGUGGUUGUUUGCCUCAUCCAUUAAGCAUAGCUAUGGAAACUGAGAAGAAUAUGAUUAUGGGGAUAGCUAAUAAUGCUUUGGAGGAGUUAACAAGGUUGAUAAAAUUGAAUGAACCGUUCUGGUUUAGGUCGACCAAGACUGGCAGAUUCGUUCUUCAACGCGAAACUUAUGAGAAGAUGUAUAAAAAGAGCAGCGUCUUAAACGGACCUGAUGCGCGUAUUGAGGCCUCCAAGGAAUCAAUAGUUGUGAGCAUGGCUGGUGCACAAUUGGUUGACAUGCUCCUUGAUUCGAAAAAAUGGACUGCUCUUUUCCCAACUAUUGUUAAAACCGCGUAUACUAUAGAAGUAUUUGAGGCCGGUUUGCCAGAAAGCCGCCAUGGAGCUAUGCAAUUGAUGCAUGCAAAAAUGCACAUUCUGUCGCCAUUGAUUCCAACUCGACACACCUCAUUCCUCCGCAGUUGUAAACAGAUUGAAAAAGAUGCAUGGGUGAUAGCUGAUGUGUCAUCACAGUCAAUCCGAUCUUUAUUUGACGCAUGUCUUCAAAAUGUUUGGAAGUUUCCAUCUGGAUGCAUGAUUCAAGAACUUACCAAUAACUCCUGCAGGGUAACUUGGGUGGAACAUAUACAAGUAGAUGAUAAGCGAACCGACACUUACUUCGAAAAACCAGUUCGUGGAAACAAUGGAUAUAGAGCUGAAAGAUGGCUUUUAACAAUGGAAAGAAUGUGUCAGAGGAUUUCAACCUCUUUAGUUCCAAAUACAUCUACCACUGACAUCACCAUAGGAGGGAAAAGGAUUGUAAUGAAGCUCGCUGAACGAAUGUUGAAAAUCUUUUAUGAAGCAUUGGAUAUGGCUUCAAACACAGAUUUUCCAAAGCUGAAUACAAUAGAUAGCGAUGGAGUUAGGGUUUGUGUUCGAAGGUGUACUGAUCCAGGCACUGAAAAUGGCAUCAUCCUCACUGCUUCUCUCACCUUUUGGCUCUCAUGCUCCCCUGAUCAUGCCUUUGAUUUCUUCAAAGAUAGUAGUAGAAGAUUUCAGUGGGAUGUUCUAUGCGAAGGCUAUCCGGCGGAAGAGAUUCACCGGAUAACAUACGGAACUAAUCCAGGAAACUUCUCUUCAAUUAUCAAGACUUUGAACGUGGAAGAUGAAAAUAUGAGAAUUCUGCAAGAGUGUUAUACACACUCUAUGGAAUCUGGUUUGGUUUAUUGUCCGAUUGAUACAAACACAAUGAAUUGCGUGAUAAGAGGGGAAGAUUGUUCCAUGCUGCCUCUUCUUCCGUCUGGUUUAACCAUAUCGGGGGAUGGGCGGCCUUCCGAUAACAAUAUGGGGAAAGUAGCCGGUAAAUGGUACGAAGGUUCGAUCGUAAGUUUAACUUAUCAGAUGCUGAUCAGCAAAGACUCUAAGAUGAGUAAUCCGGACUUAAAUGUGCUGAAGAAGAUAAAUAAGUUUGUUAACUCUGCGGUGAAAAAAAUCAGAGAUGCUUUGAGCUGCAGUGAUUAUUAG